AGCACUGUCUUUGAGCCACGUUUACAAUAAGAACUUACACAUGAUUUUAUGUAGGUUUUGGAUGGAUGCCUUCGCGCAAUAUCUGGAUUUAAGGGAACAGAAGAUCUUCAGUACGAUAGAUUAAUGGAUACACCAUUUACAUCUGACUGUAUAAGGUCAAUAAGAAUCUCAUCUGCGCCAUCAUAUGGAUUUGAGAAUGCCCAGGAGCCAAUUUUUCAGGCAGGAUGCGAGCAAUGGUCUGAGGCUAUUCGUAAACAUAUAGUUCUGGUGUUACACCAUGGUUCUGCGGUGGUGAGAAGCACUACAGUUACUUGUUUUGCUGGAAUUACAUCCACCAUAUUUGCCGCUUUCAAUAAGCAGGAAAAGGAUUUUGUUACUUCAUCAAUUAUAGCCGCUGCCUUGCAUGACAAAACACCUUCAGUCAGAUCAGCAGCUUGUCGAGCUAUUGGUGUAAUUUCAAGUUUUCCAGAAACAUCUUUAAGUGCGGAGAUAUAUGAAAAGUUUUUCAUAGCUGUUGAAGCGAAUACCCGCGACUCCUUGACCUCGGUGCGUAUAACAGCAUCAUGGGCUUUGGCCAAUGUAUGCGACUCUCUGCGAUACCGCGUCGAUGAGAGGUCCUUUGAAGGAUUAAGUACAACUUCACAAGUUGUGGACGCACUGAUAGAAUGUGCUUUGCGCCUUACUGAGGAUGGGGACAAGGUUAAAUCCAAUGCAGUUCGGGCACUGGGGAGUAUUUCAAAAUAUGUAAAAUUGAGAUGCAUGACAUGUAUAAAGUCAAUGGACCAAGAUGUAUUACCUUUUUCCCAUCAACAUUCAUCAAAUUAUCACCAUCUAUCCUGCGCGGGAGAUACAAGGUGGUUGGAGAGAACCGUGCAAGCAUUUCUUUCCUGUGUUACUACUGGUAAUGUUAAGGUUCAGUGGAAUGUUUGUCAUGCGUUGAGCAAUUUAUUCUCCAAUGAGACAAUAAAACUGCAAGAUAUGGAUUGGGCUCCAAGUGUUUUUAGUAUUCUACUAUUGCUGCUUCGUGAUGCAUCAAACUUUAAGAUAAGAAUACAAGCUGCUGCCGCUUUAGCUGUCCCAGGAACCCCACUUGCUUAUGGGAGAUCAUUCCCUGAUGUUGUCAAAGGUGUGGAGCAUACUUUACAAAGUCUGCAUUAUGACAGAGAGACGACGCCAACAAAUUUCAAAUACAAGAGAUCGCUCGAGAAUCAGUUAACCUCAACCAUGCUGCAUCUCCUGAGCCUAGUUUCAAGCUGUCAUUUCGAAGCGUUGACAGAUUUUCUUUCAAAAAAAUCCUCUUUUCUAGAGGAUUGGUUGAGAGGAUUGUGUGUGACAUUGCACGAGGAAGACAAUGCGUCUGGAUCAAGCAUCACAAGCACUUCGGGUGAUAAGCAGAAGAAAGAGUUGAUCUCUAGAGCUAUACGGUCGCUUGCCAGAAGCUUAGAAACUGGACAAAGUUCUGAAAUGGCUCUUAAGUUGCAGGAGUUAGAUAGUUAUGUGAAUUGACUGAACAAGCAAUGCUUCUCGGGUAAAUUUGGCCCUGUAAUUUCUAACACAAGUGACUGUAAACAAUGCAACCCAUAUACAUUAGCUACCAUGAGAAAUUUAGGGAUUUCAAGGAAAGUGGACUUUCUUUAGAAUUUCAUGUUUA